AUGACAUCUUCUAUUUUAAUUUAAGAUUCCCAUUUUCAUCAUCACUCGCACUCAAUAGAUGAUCAAAAGAGAAUGAAUAACGAUUUAUUGCAACAUUCAUUACUGCAUUAAAAUAGAGAUUUUAUGAAGGACUACAAUAGAGGGUAAAAUAUUGACUACACUAAAAACGAGUUGAAGUCUUGCGUUACUGAUUUCAAAACAAGACUCAGUCAGAUUGAUGUUGCUGACUACCUUGGUUAAGAGAUAGUUGUUUCAGAUGAUCCUAAAUAAAGGAUGAACAGCAGCAAGAUGCAGUUUCUAAGCAAAACUAACUUACCAAACGAUUCUAAAAUUGUCAAACUUCAAGUGGGAGUUAGCAAAAUAAUAGAUGAUUAAAAUGGCUUUAAUAAUAAAUCGAUCCUAGAGUAAUUGUAAAAAGACAAAAACUAAGACUCACGCUAUAAAACUAACCUUAAGAAGAGAGCAGUAUUCCAGCUACCAGAUAUAUAACCUAUAAGCACUAAGAACUUCAAAGAUACAUAUCAAAAUAAUAGUAUGAAUACUACAAUGAUGAACAACACAGAUACAGUGAAUACUCCAAAUAAAAAGAAGAAUCGAUUGAAUGCCUUUCUCACUGAGAGGAAUGAGUAUAACCAGACCAUAAGCAUACUUAACCAGAAGGAGUCUUGUGAAAAUCUGCAACAAGUAUUAAACAAAUCUAAAAGCAUUAGAAUUAUCUAGGGAGAAGAUGAAUCUAAUUCUGUCUCACCUAAGGGACUCUGGUCGAAGAUCAGAGAUGGGAACGUCAAAGUAAAGAACUUCAAAAUUGGAUCUAAAGCUAAUAAAUCUCCAAUGGGGUCCGUCUUAGAAACUUCCAUCCAACUUGAAAAUGAUCAAUCUGGAAUAUUCAUCACAGAUACUUCUAGACUAAUUGAAACAUCUAAAGUAGCAUUAGAGACUGCUAGGUUGCCAAAUAUUAAGCAAGAUAGAAAUUUAAGUAUGGAUUUGAAAACUAUAAGCUUUCAUCAGAACUCUAGCAAGUUUAAUAUGAAAAAUAUAUAAUAACUUGAUCUUUCUGAUGAUAUCCUUUCCCCAACAUACAGAUAAAAGAAUAAAUCUCCUGUCAAAACAAUAGCUUACAGAGACAUCAUUCAAGGAACAUAGACACUUUUCGAUAAGAACUUUACAAUUUCAGAUGAGUAGUCUUAGAAAGUUAACACCAAAAAAUUUGAAUUUAGAUAGAGUUCCAUGAAUAUCAAUAAGCCUAGGGUUACAAAGAGAGGUACUUUAAAGUUGGAUCAUAACCUCAACAUAAAUAGUUCAUUGCAGUUACACAUGAAUAAUUAGAGACUAAUGGCAAAGAUUUAAUCUAACAUCUAGGAGGCUAAGGAUAUUAGAAGCUAUCUUAAUCAGAGUAUUUCAAAGAUCAAAGAGGAUUUACACUAUGAAUCUAUUGAGGAUAAAAUCAAGUAGUUCUAGAUGUUCGGUGCCAAUGCCCCUGUUAAACCUCGUAUUGGAUUGAAAAUGGAAAGGGCCAGACUUUCAUCUCUUAAUAUGAGUACAGAUUAGAUUUCACCUAAAAAUAAAAAGAGUAUGCUUGGGUAAAAAAAGCAAGUAGCUUUAAAUAUUUAAUCUGACAGAUACUGA